UACGCCGCUUAAUUAAAGAAACAAAUUAAAAUAUGUUUCGUACAAGUGAACAGUUGAAUAUAUGAGACUGAAGGUGUUGCAAACAUCUUCAUAGAAUCGAAUCGAAACUUUUGCCGUCUAUCGACCUAUCGCUUAUUGACAGUUAAGCGCUGUAAAUAUCUUAAACAUAUAAAUAAUACAAUUUUGAUUGAUCAUGGCCUCCGCCGGAACUCAGACAGAGAAAAAGCGUAGGGUAACGCUUCCUCCUUCGACACCAUCAGAUAAAAGUAAAGACACUAAAGAAAUUCCCCAAAACGAAAAAAAUGAAGAUACAACGAGAAUUUCUGGAAAUGAGUUUAAAAAAAAAGAGCCCACACGAGAGAGUCCUAAUGAGCCGAUCCUCAGAUGCCAAUUUGAAGUGUUUGGGAUAGUGCAAGGAGUUUCCUUUCGAAUGUAUACCUUACGAAGGGCCCAGAAGCUCGGAGUUCGCGGGUGGUGUAAAAACACUACCGAUAACACUGUUAAGGGCGAAAUUCAAGCAUAUAGGCACUCCUUUGAGUCCAUGCGCCUCUGGCUAAAGCAUACCGGCAGCCCCACCAGUCGAAUCGACAAGUGCAUCUUCAGUGAAACGACUGAAAUCCCAGAGUUCACAUUCGGCAACUUCUCAAUUGUGGUGGAUUAGUUAGUUGUAUAAGGACAUUUCAAUUCUAUUAUUUUAGUCUUGUCUUACUAACGGUUAUUUUUUGUUUGCAUGUGAAUUACAAACUUUUUAAAGUUGG